AGAGAACCUGCGAUGAUGGAGCAGAUUGAACACCACACUGCUGAGAUGCUUUCAACUUUGGGAAAAACCAGAAUAUUCUUAUCCAUACUGUGCAUCGUUGGCAUUGGGUUGUUGUCUAAAUUUUCAUGGAAGUAUUGGGUGUUUUCUCUGGAUGGUCAGAACUCAAGUUUUAAUACCUACAUUAACAAAUGUUUGCCAGAGGAUGAUCCAUGGUUUACGACGCUUAUCAAUGCAGCCCCUCCACCUUUUUUGACAAAAAACUAUACACCCUCGGAGGGCGAUUUCAACUGGUGGAAGCGCUUACAGGGGGAAAAACGCAACUUCACUUUCUACAAAACAACAGUGGACAGCCUGUUCAAUAUCUUCCCACCCAUUUCAGAUAUUUUAGAGUCCAACCCUGUCCGCUGCAGGACUUGUGCUGUGGUGGGGAACUCUGUUAAUUUGAAAGGAUCACACUAUGGACCUCUCAUAGAUAUGCACGAUAUUGUAAUAAGAAUGAAUCGUGGCCGUACGAAAGGCUUUGAAGAGGAUGUUGGGACCAAAACUACUCAUCAUGUGAUGUAUCCUGAGAGUGCCAUAUUUUUGGACAAUGACGACAUCCAUCUCGUGCUGUUUUCAUUCAAGAUAAAAGAUCUACUAUGGCUCCUCAAGAGAUUCGAUCCAAGGGAAAUCAGUGCUGGGAAGUUAAAGAAGAUAGCGAACAAGGAUCGGGUGAUGAUCGUCAAUCCAGCUCUCCUCAAAUAUGUUCAUGAAAUGUGGCUGGAAAAGAAGGGCAGGUAUCCAUCCACUGGCUUUCUGACUCUGGCUCUCAGCCUGCAGAUUUGUGAUGCGGUCAGCGUUUUUGGCUUUGGAGCAGACAGCGCUGGAAGCUGGAGCCAUUACUUUGAAACCUUCAGAUACAAAAACUUUAAAACUGGAGUUCAUGCAGGACCGCAUGAAUAUAGUGUUAUUCAGCAACUGUACCAGAAGAAGAAAAUACUUUUUUUCAAAGGAUCUUGAAUGUAAUUUUUGUUGGUGUUGGUGUUGGUGCUAGUGGCCGUACACGUGUCUGACUUCUCUCAAAUAUAAUGCAACUACAUGGCACUUGGCCUGUGAUGCUCAAAGCACCACAAAAAUACAUUUGAAAAACUCAGUGUUAAAGUGUCUUUGCAGGAAACAUGGUUACUCAAGAUAAUCUGCAGACCUUGUAGUGGGCAGCUUCACAUAGGGACAAUUUUCCUUCUACCAAACUACACCAACUGUAUUACCACAAAGAAGAAAACAUGCAUCUUCUUUGCAGUUGUCGAACUAUGUGUAGUUGUAUCUAUUGAGCCUUUAAAUGUGUUAAAUGUUCAGGUCAUUUUCAGUUUUGGUGUCAUAGAAUUAAGUACUAUUGCACAAACUGUUUUUUUGUCAAUCAUAUACUCAACUGUUUAACAUAUGGAAAGUAGCCUACCGUAGCAAACCACCCAUUAUGUCUACAAACAGGUGCAAUAUCAGGGCCAUAUAUUUAUUAUCUGUUAAUAACACAAAGCAAUAAAAAUAUAUCGUCUCUAACAA